UAUGUGCAUUGCAAGUGCAACAAGUAGGUAAUAAAAAAUUUCACAUCUUAGUUAAUGCAUAUAAUAAUAAUAGAGUCGCUGACCCAAAUCUAAGUAUAAUAAUAAUAACUAAACAAUGUGUUACGUGAUUAUAACCGGCCGCAGUCUAGCAUGGCUACUUAUAAGUUUGGUUGCAUUUAUGCUAAUUUUAACCGGUAUUAUGACGCCCAAGUGGUUAAUGGGUCAGCCUAUUGUGGUGAAUGAAAACAACAUAACAAGCUUCUAUGUCCCUAGCGUAGGGAUAUACAAUCGAUGUAUUCGUAUGGCACACGACCCAAAUAACUGUGCUCCGUUCUCAUUUUAUGGUCUGGCAACAGAUUCCAAUGUAUAUCCAACACCAUGGAAGGCAGCUAUGUUUUUCUUAUCUUUAUGUUCCGCCACACAAUUUUCCACAGUGCUAGCCGGUGUGCUUGCAUGUUGCGUUCAAUCUGUGUUUAAGAAGAGUGUUAUAUCACUGGCUGGCGCUACACAGGCUCUUGGAGGUCUAUUUGGAGUCCUAGGGCUGCUACUAUACCCAUGGGGCUGGGGUGCUCCUCGCGUGAAAAGGCUUUGUGGAGAAUACUCUGAACCGUAUAUACCUGGAGAUUGUUCUAUUGGUUGGGCUCUCUAUGUCACAUCAAUGGGUGUGGCCCUCGUAUUCUUGGCAAGUGCUCUCUCAAAAACAGCGGAUAAAGCAGCCAACUCUGAUAAGGUACAAUUCCAAAUGGACGAAGGGAAACAACUUAUAUGCCUUGCGUAGAGAGUUUGGUAAUUAGUGGUAUGUGCUUUUGAUAAACAAAUAGGUUUUUUUACGAAAUGAUUUAGUUUUUAUCAGUGUAAUUUUUGUGGACUGAUUUUUUACAAUUUUAAUUAGAUCUGACUAGAUUUUUUGUAAGUGUCCAUGAGGUUCAAUAUAAAAUAUGUCCUGUAUUUUGAGAAUUUAGUUUGAAAAUGAACAAUAGAGUGAGAAAGAAUAAGGUGUCUUCGAAAAUUUUUUCUAAUUUAAGAAUCUCGUUAAAAAUACCAUGUAUUUAAUUUUAUUCUUAAAUCAGGGAGAUUCUUACUUCCUCACUAGUAUAUUUCUAAGGAAUAAUAAUAGUUUUAAAAAACUAAAAAACACGCUUUUUAUAGAAAACCGAACUAAAAAAUAGA